AUGAAAACAAAUAUCAGCGAAAAUUCACCUAAAGUUAACUCAGUAUUUUAAGUAGUCUUGAUGAAUGUGAAUAUCUAACUAGGAGCUUUAAAUAUUGGGUAUGUUCUCUCCUAUUUAACACUUUCUAUUGACACUCUUUUUGAUAAUUUGUAUGUUUUUUGAUUUAAAUAUUAAGAGGCAUAACAAAAGAAGAAAAAACAAGCUCUUUAAGUUUAAUAAAUGGAAUUUUGCCAUUAGGAUGUGUUGUUGGUGUAAUUAUUGGUUAUUUUCUCAAAAGAAAAUUUACUAACAAAUAAUGUAUUCAUAUAGCUGAUUUAAUUGGAUUAUCUAGUCUAUUAGCUGUAAUAGCUAACACAAAUGUAGUAAUUGUAUUUCGUUUUUUUCUUGGAGUUGCAAAUGGCAUCUCCAGUUUAAUAAUGCCUGUUUAUGUUAAAUCAUUAUGUCCUGAAAAAUAUUAUUACUAAAUUAGUAUGAUUUUAGGAUAUGGAGUAAAUACAGGUUUAGCAAUAGGAUAAUUAAUGGGAAUUGGAUAUAUAAAGUAUAAUUUAUUUGAUAUUUAUAGAUAUCAUGGUGUUACAUCAAAUUGGUGGAGGAUUGUUUUUUUAUUUCCAGCUAUUAUCUUUAUAAUCAGAUCUACUGUUAUAUAUUUUUUUUAUAAUUAUGACAGUCCAGAAUAAUCAUUAUAAAGAAAUGAUAUAGAAAAAGCAAAAUAUGUAAUAUAUUCACUUAUAAAUUAAAUAGGUUAUUAUGAAAAUAUAUAAGGAAGAAUAUGUAGAAGGUUAAUUAGAUAGAUAUAGAUAAAUAGCAUAAAAUGAACAGUUUAAAACAUAGAAUUCAUUUUUACAUAUAUUUUAAAAAAAGAAUCUAAUUGGAUUACAAGUUGGUGUUAUAUCAGUAAUAGAUUAUAUUAUAAAUAUUUAGAUGUUUGUUUAAAUUUGGUGUGGUUCUUUUGCUGUAUUUUAUUAUAGUGCUUAAAUCUUUGAACAAUUAUCAGGUGGAGAUUUAGUAUUGAAAACAAUUUAUACUAUAUGUAUUGGUCUAUUUAGUGCUGUUGCUUAAUUUACAACAAUUCCUAUGUUGCCUAGAUUAGGUUAGAAAUAUAUUUUAAGUAUUAAAGUCUAAUUUAAAAUAGUUAUUGGAUCUAUUUUGAUGGGGGCCAUUAAUAUUACUAUAGCAAUUUUAUCUAAUUAUCAAAGUGAUACUAUAUUAUUUCUUAUUUUUGUCUUUUUAGUGCUUUUAAUUAUGGUAUUUGCAGCAACAUUAAGUCCAGUAUGUUGGGUAAUAUAUUAUUUUUAUAGUUUAGGGAAUUGUUCCAUAAUUAAAUGAUAGUGAUGGAACUUUUUUUACAAUGGAUUUGAGAUGGAUAUUUUAAGCCAUUUUAAUCUUCUCUUUUCCAUAUAUUGUUUAAGGUGUAAAUAUUUCAGGAGCAUUCUAUAUUUUUGGAGGUAUAGAUCUCUUUUAUACAAUCUAUUGUGGAUUUUUUAUACUUGAUAGUAGAGGAAAAACAGGGACUUAAAUAUUAGAAAUGUAUUUUCAAAAGUAUUCUAAAUUUUUGGUAUUACCAUAAACAGAAACAAAUCCAUGA